GAAACCAAUGAACACGGCUCUCCCUCAAACCAAGGAACACUAACAAAAACCAAAAACAUAAGAACCAAAAGCAAGAUGAAUUCCUCAACAAUAGGUUCCAUGUUCCUUGGUUUGCUCCUAAUAUCUCAAUACCCUUUCGCCGCAGACGCCAGGGCUCACAUUGGAUUACAAUCCAGCCUAAUUUCCGUAGUUUGCAGCACUUCAUCCAACAAGGCAGAAUGCAACGCCAUCCUCGGAUCAAGUCCUCUAGCCGCACAAGCGAAAAACUUCCGUCAACUCUCCAAGGUUGUUCUUGAAAUGGCGUACAACAAAGCCGCUGCAGGACAGGCAUUUCUUAAAAAAUUGGCCGCAUCAACCAAGUGUCCAGCACUUACACGGUGUGCUAACUUUGAUUAUGAUGGUGUUGUUAUGUCGUUUAGAAGCGCCCUUGGUGAGUUGAAGGAAGAUCCUCAAACUGCUAACUAUGAUGCUAAGGUUGCUAGUGAUGGAACUGCUCAAUGUGAUAGAGGAAUGGUUGCAGAACAUGUUGUUAAUCCUCAAGUUACUGCUCUUAACAGUCAGAUUAAUUUUUAUAGUGAAUUGGCAUUCUUAGUCACUAAUAACCUUUGAUUGUGUUUGUUGUUUUGUUGGGGAUUAUGGGAAAAUUGGGAUGGUUUAUUUGGGUUGGAUGAAGUUUAGGGUCUCAUUAAUUGGGUUUCAAUGUAUGAAGGGAGAGUUAUUAAUAAAAUAUAGCAAUUUAUUGCUUUUUUCUGUGUUCAA